UACGCCGGAGAACCUGCGACUGAGGCAGCAAAGUCAGCUGCAGAGUCAGGUGAAUUACAAGAAAGAUUUUGAGGAGAGCAAAGGUCGAGGCUUCAGCAUCGUGUCCGACACGCCUGAGAUGCAACGACUGAGACGCACGCAGGAACACAUCAGUAACGUAUGUGCCGGCGGUGGAAACACAAAGCGCACGCGCGUACACGGGACGGUGAUGAUAAAAAGUCUACACCCCCUUGUUCAAAAUGUUGUGGUUUUAGCAAGAUAAAGCAUUUGAAAACCUUUCCUACUGCAAAUAUGACCGAUGUUACGUCACCGGAAUAAUCCGAUAGGAUCCCACAAAAUGAAGCAGAUUAACGACAGGUGCAGCUCUAGAGGGGAACGCCCUCCACUCUUUCCAGACACUGAAUUAACAAACAGGACAUGAACACGACAGCCUAUAAACUGUAUGCCUCAAAUUAAAGUUCAGCUGUUCUUGUCGGCUUUUCCUGACAUCUAUUGACUUAAUUUAAGUUCGUUCCUUGGUUAGAGCUCCAAUAAUUUACAUUGUUUACUUUUACAUAGUUAUGGUUACCUAGAUACAAAUACUUCUCCUACUACUGCGAUUAACCUCAAAUAAAGUUCAGCUGUUCUAGCCGUCUUUUAUCAUCACAUUAAUGAGUGAAACAAAAGCUUUGAAAUUCUUUGUGGUCUCAUUUUAAAUGUAGCAAUCAUAUGAGGUGAACAGGGGUGUGUAGACAUUUUCAACCCACAGUAUUUAUGUGCAUACGAUAAGUGGGGUGCAAAGGAGAUGAAUGGAUGUGGUGCAGUUUUGUCAGUGAGCACACACACACACACACACACACACAUUCAGUCUGCGCUAAUUGCGAGAUGGCGGCAACAAAAGCACCGAAGCGGAGCAUCUGGUAAAUUAUCGCCAUGAAGAGGCGGAAAGGGAGGAAAAGGAGGAGGAGGAGGAAGCGGCGUGGGAGGAGGAGGAUGAGGGCAGAGAAUGGUGUCGGUUGGAUGUUACGUAAGCGCUGUUUUUACGCUUAUGCAGAUGAAAAGCGCCCCCCUCGCUCUUGAAGUUUUGCUAUUACGUAACAUCCACAAGAAUAAUUCAUUCAUUCCUGAAUGUCACAAGCCUGAGAAAAAGCAUCAAGGCCGGAUGCUUCACGAUCUGAGCUUUGACAAGUUGGUGGAGCCACUUAAAAACUCCACUGGGGCUAACCCCAUUUUAGUCAUUGGGGAGGUUGCAGUCACUAUUCAAUUAAUUGUAUGAGGCCCAGAGAGUCAACUAUCGAGUCCACUGUCGAAAAAUUCUAAAAUAGCAAUUCGGGAAUAGACAAUCGGACUCGGUAGUCGGUCACGGUCUGCCGCGUGGUGACCAGAUGGCCAACGAGUUCAACGUGGUGUUUACCUCAACUGCCAUCUGACACUCGCCGUCGGCGCCGGCAUACCUGCAGCCGCUUCCCGCGGUUCUGGCAGCCGUCGGCGGCGGCGCACUUGCGGAGCUUCCUUUUGUUUACACGCGCUCUCAUCGGAAACCUUUUUUGGGUUUGGCUUCCAUGGCGUCAGCCUCAAGGUCAACUGAAGCACCAACAUUUGGCCCCAGCCCGCGAUGUGGAACAAAUAUCCAUUCUUUCCAGCAUACGCAACGGCGAUCGCCUUGAAAUUUAAAAAAAGCGGUUGAAGGUGUCGCCCCUGAUAAGUUCCAAGUGGAGCGCUAAAUGUGGCCUUCGUACGCGAUAAGACGUACUCGAUGACCGACGCCCUGUCAUGAGUCUGGACUGUCGUUGGUCUGGACCCGACUGCCCGUGCCUUCAGAGACCUGACGGGAGCUCAAGCUGGAUGCUGCGGGAGAACUCUUCGCCAAUCGCCCGAGGAUUGAAGCUCCGAGAGCACCGUUGAAAGGACACGCUGAGGUGCCCACCAUGGAGGAAGAAAAUGCCUCGUCUACUCCCGAGUUGGUUUUCAAGACACAACAAGUCGGGAAGGUGGAGACUAAAGAAGAAGAAACUGUCCAAGAGACAGUGACUGCCUUCACGUCUCACCGGGACACGAACGGAGGGUCGGGUUCUCCGCACCCUGAUGAGAACGUGCCAACUGAAGACGAAAAGGAAGAAGAAGAAGAAGAGGCUGGAGAAGAAGGGGUUCGAGUGCAAGAAAUGGGAGAUGACGAGCAAGGAGGAGCCAAGGAGCCACAGGCCUCAAGUGGUGCCCGCCCAGUUCUUCCUGACCCAGCGUUCAACAGGAGAUGCAGCCUGCUGGCUAGUGAGGUGAAGUACAAAGAGGAUUUUGAGAAGAUGAAAGGUCAGAGUCUCUACCUCCCUGCAGCGGAACUCAUUCACGCCAAGAACAUCAGUGCAAUUGUUUCCGAGUCCAAAUACAAGCAGGAAGGCCGUAAGGAGGCGUCGUUGUCCCUUUACUCGCUGCUUCCGGACACGCCGCAGAUACAACGAGCCAGGGAAGUGAGCCAGCUGCAGAGCGAGGUUAAAUACAAAGAAAACAUGAAGACGUCCUCCUCACUGUACUCGCUCAUGCCGGAGACCAACGACACUCACUUUGUCAAAGAACUCAGCAACAUACUCAGCCAGAACAAGUACAAGGAGGAGGUGAAGAAGGAACUGAGCAGCACUUUGUACUCGCAGCUUCCCGAGACCAGCGAGAUGCAUCUGGCCAAGAGCGUCCACGAGUUUCAGAGUGAGAAAAACUACACGCAAGACGGCAAGAGGAAAGCCUCCAUCUCUCUCUACUCCCAACUGGCCGACACUCCCGAGAUCCAACAUGCGCUGGAGAUGUCCCACCUGCAAAGCGACGUGAAUUAUCGACCAAAGGUGCUGGUGAAAGGAGCUCCGUCUUCUCUCUACUCUCAGCUCACCGACACCAAGGAGAUCCAGUUUGCCAAGGAAAUGACCGAGCUGCACAGCCAGCUCAAGUACCAGGAGGACAGCAGGAAGAACCUGAGUCGGACGGCGUACUCUCAGCUGCCGCGCACCAUGCAGACGGAGUUUGCAAAGAAUGUCGCCGAGUUGCAGAGUGAGCGCCACUAUAAAGAAGUGGGCCAGAAGGGCGGAGACUCGUCCUUGUACUCGCUGCUCCCGGAGACUCUCGAGACGCUCCACGCCAAGGAUGCCUCCGAGCUCGCCAGCGAGGUAAAGUACAAAGAGGAUGGCAGGAAGGAAAUGAGCGUCAACUUGUACUCACUGAUGCCUGAAACCAUCCACACGCAACACGCCAAAGAACUCUCAGACCUUCAGAGUCAGGUCAAGUACAAAGAAGGCGUUCAGCGAAACAACCAGAACACUUUGUACCAUCACAUGGCUGAAACCACCGAAACCGCACUGGCCAAGGAAGUCUCGCAGCUGCAGAGCCAGGUGAAGUACAAGGAAGACGGCAGGAAGGAGGUGAACCAAUGCCUCUACUCGACUCUGCCCGACACUUUGGACACACAACACGCUCGAGACGCCACGCAGCUGCUCAGCGAGAAAAAGUACAAAGAGGACGGGAAGAAGGCGACGUCCCGCAGCCUUUUCUCCACCCUGAGCGACACGUCAGAAAUGAAGCUGGCUAAAGAGACGACGGACAUCCUGAGCGAGAGGAAGUACAAGGAGAGCGGCAGGAAGCAGCUCUCUCAGAGUCUCUACUCCCGACUGGCCGACACAGCGGAGACGCAAUUUGCUAAAAGCCUUUGCCACCUGCAGAGUGAGCUGAAAUACAAGCAGGGACAGAAGGACGCGUCCAAGUCGCUUUACUCCACCCUGCCCGCCACACUGGAGACGCUGCACGCCAAAGAGGCCUCUGCCCUACAGAGUCACCGCAAAUACGCGGAGGCUCAGAAGAAAGAUCUUAAAUCCACUUUGUUCCACUUGCUGCCCGAAACGCUUCACACGGCGCACGCCAAAGACGUCUCGGAGCUUCUGAGUCAGGUGAAGUACAAAGAGGACGGCAGGAAGGAGAUGAGCGUCAACUUGUACUCGCUGAUGCCUGAAACCAUCCACACGCAACACGCCAAAGAGAUCUCGGACCUGCAGAGUCAGGUCAAGUACAAAGCGGGCGUGCGGCAGCAGAUGCAGAGCAGUUUGUAUCAUCAGCUCCCGGAAACUCCGGAGACUCAGCUGGCCAAGCACAUGUCCCAGCUGCAGAGUGAGAGCAAGUACAAGUCGGCAGGUGAGCAGGAGCUUCACAGCUCGCUGUACGCCGCCCUGCCCGUCACCAUGGAGACACAGCAUGCUCGAGACGCUGCGGAGCUGCUCAGUGAGGUCAAGUACAAGGAGAGCGGCAAGAAGGAGAUGGCCACCUGCCUCUACGCCACCUUACCCGACACCUCUCAAACCAUCUUCAGCAGAGACAUGACGGACAUGCAGAGCGAGGUCAAGUACAAGGAGGACGGGAAGAGAAGCCUAUCGCAGAGUUUCUACUCUCAGUUGGCACAAACGGCCGAGACUCAGUUUGCUAAAAAUGUUACAGAGCUGCAGAGUGAGGUGAAGUACAAGGAGGACGCCCAGAAGGAGAUGUCGUCCUCGCUGUUCUCCACCCUGCCGCAGACGCUCCACACUCAACGGGCCAAGGAGCUCACCGAGCUCCAGAGUCAGGUAAAAUAUAAGGAGUGCAACAAGGAUCUGUCCUCAGCCCUGUAUCACCUACUUCCGGAGACGCCGGUGACGCAGUUUGCCAAACACGUGUCAGAGAUCCAGAGCGAGACCAAGUACAAGCGAGACAAAGAGGAUAUGUCCACCUCCUUGUACUCGUUGAUGCCCCAAACGCCGGACAUUCAGUUUGCUAAAGACAUGGCCGAUACGCACAGCCAGGCCAAGUACAAGCAAGAGGCCAAGCAGCAGUCGGCAGCGUCGUUGUACGCCAAACUGCCCGAAACCCUGGAGACUAAACACGCCAAAGAAGCCAGCGCGCUGCAAAGUCAAAAAGAGUACAAAGCCGAGGGCAAGAAGCAGAUGACGUCGUCGCUCUACUCGCAGCUCCCUGACACCCCAGAGACGCAGUUGGCCCGAGAGCUGGCGAUGAUCCAGAGCGAGAACAAAUACAAAGAGAGCGGCAAACGGGCGCAGAGCGUCAGCUUCUACUCGCAGCUCCCGGAGACCAACGACAUCCUUUUUGCCAAAAGCGUAUCAGAGAUCCAAAGCGAGAACAAGUACAAGGAAGCGGGCCGAAGACAAGCAUCCGACUGCCUUUACUCCAAGCUCCCCGACACUCUGGAGACUCGGCACGCUCUGGACGCGUCACUGCUGCAGAGUCAGGUGGCCUACAAGCAGGAGCACAAGCAGGACGCCAGCAAGACUUUCUAUCACCAAAUGCCUCAAACCACCCACAUAGCGUCGGCGAAACAGCUCAUGGAAUUAUACAGUCAGGUGAAGUACAAAGAAGAUGGCAAGAAAGAAAUGAGUAAAAACUUGUACUCGCUCCUUCCCGAGACCUCCGAGACGUACUUUGCCAAACAGAUGUCGGAGUUACAGAGCCAGAACAAGUACCAGAAGGACAAAGAAGAACUGGCCAACUCGUUGUUCUCUGUCCUGCCCGAAACUCUGGACACUCGCUUUGUGAAGGACAUGGCGGAAACUCACAGUCAGGUGAAGUACAAGGAGGCAGGAAAGAAGGAAGCCAGCAGCGCUCUAUACCAUCAGCUGCCCGAGACGCCCGAGACGCUUCAUGUCAAACAACUUUCCGAGCUGCAGAGUCAAGACAAGUACAAGCACGGUAGCAAGGAAGUGAUGGCGUCCAGCCUGUACGCUCAGCUGCCGCAGACGGCCGAGACGCAGCUCGCCGCCAGGAUGUCGCAGCUCCUGAGCAAAUUUAAGUACAAGCAGGAGAGCGUCAAGAGCCUCGUUCGCAGCUCCUACAGUCAGCUGGCAGAAACCGCCGAGACGCGGCUGGCCAAGGCGCUCUCCCAGCUGCAUAGCGAGUUCAAAUACAAAGAGGCCGGCAGGAAGGAGACGGCCAGCAGCCUCUACCACCGCCUGCCAGAGACCAUGCAAACGAUACACGCCAAAGAGGCCACGCGGCUGCAAAGUCAGGUCCAGUACAAGGUGGACGCUUUGAGGACGCAAGGCGCCAGUCUGUACUCUCAGCUGUCCCGCACGAAGGAGAUCACUUUUGCAAAAGCAGUCACGGAGCUACAGAGUCAGAAUAAAUACAAGGCGAAAGGUCGAGAGGAGAGCAGCAGCAUCAGCGCCUUUCACAAGAUGGCCGACACCAAUCAGACAGAAUUCGUCAAGCACUUGACAAGCAUUCAAAGUCAGAGCAAGUACCAGAAGGACAAAGCUGAACUGGCCAUGUCGUUGUUCUCCUCGCUGCCCGAGACUCUGGAUACUCGCUUUGUGAAGGACAUGACGGACAUGUUCAGCCAGACUAAGUACAAGGACGCCAGUAAGAAGGAGAUGGUCAAAAGUUUGUACUCGCUGCUGCCUCACACCAAAGACACUCAGCACGCCAAACAGCAGAGUCAGCUACGCAGCCAGAAGUUGUACAAAGAGGACGGCAAGAAGGAAGCCGCCUGCAGUUUGUACGCACAAAUGCCUCAAACCAUCGAGACCGUCUUUGCCAAAGAGCUCAGCAAGACGCAAAGCGGCAAGUUCUACAAGGAGAAGUACAAUCACGAGAAAGGGAAGUCGGACUACGCCAACAUGAAGACGCUGCCGGAGGUGGAGCGCGCCAUGGAGGUCAAUAAGAAGCAAAGCGACGUCAGCUACAGGAAAGGGAAAGAGGCGCUUCAUCUCUACAACACAGCGCCUGACAGAGCCGAUAUCGUCAGCGCCACCAACGCAGCCAAACUGGCCAGCCAGGUGGCUUAUAAGAGUAAGGCCAAGCAGCUGGUUGUGAGUGACGGUUCUCUCCUCGCACGCACGGACAUCCAUCAUGCGAAGGAAGUGUCCAAACUGGCUAGCCAGGCGAACUACAAGCAGGUGCACGGGCGACCUUGCUACAACCCGCUGGAUUGUGUGUCUUUCAAGCACACACAAGCCGCCGCCGCGCUCGCCAGCCAGGUCAAGUAUAAAAGCAACCGGAACCAGAAACUGGAAGCUUCUUCAGACCUGCCCAACCUCUUGCAGCUGGAGCACGUGCUGCACGCCAGCAAACUGCAGAGUAACGUUGAGUAUAAGAAGAAGCACGAGCAGAACAAGGCUCAGUACCACCUCGCUCUGGACACGGCUGAACAGCGCCACCACAAAGAGAACGCCGUGCUGCACAGUCAGGUGAAGUACCGCGAGGAAUACGAAAAGAACAAAGGUCGCACAAGUGUGGAAUUUGCAGACACGCAAACGUACAAAGUGCAGAAGGAGGCGCAAAAGAUGCAAAGCCAGAGGGAGUACAAGCGGGACUACGAGGAGCAUGUGAAAGGGAAAGCCUUGGCGGAGGUAGAGCAGACGCCAGAGUAUCUGACGGCUCGCCAGGCCACCAACUUGCUCAAUGAGAAAGAGUACAGGAAGGACCUGGAACAGGAAGUGAAGGGGCGGGGCUUAUCAGGGCUUGGCCUGGAGGACACACCCGAGCUCCUGCGGGUCAAACAGGCCAAUCAGAUCCUGAACCAGAAGGAGUACCGCAGGGACCUGCACACGGAGGUGCUGGGCAAAGGGAUGCGGCUCAGCGCCGAUGUCCUGGAGGUCCGACGGGCCCAGAGGGCAUCCGAGAUCCAGAGUCAGACAUCCUACAAACAGACAGACCAUCUUCGGGAGAACUCGUACGGGACCAUCACAGACACCCCAGAACUUGUGCACGCCUCUUACCUCAAAGAUAUCUACAGUCAGAGGAAAUACAAAGAUGACGCCGAACGUCUGCGAGGUCGCUACAGUGCGCCGUCGCGUACUCCCGAGAUGGAGCGAGUGAAAGCCAACCAAAGGCACAUCAGCUCGAUGCACUACUGCUGGGACUCCAAGCUGAUGAGAGGUCUCAUGUCGUCCGUCACCGAGACGCCAGAGAUCGUGCUCGCUAGAGAGAACACCAAGAAGAUCAGUGAUGUGCAGUACAGAGAACAGGUGGGCUGCGGGACCGCCGUCAUGGAGACGCCUGAGAUGAAAAGAGUUCGGCGGAACCAGGAGAACAUCAGCUCAGUGAAGUAUCAGCGCGGGCUGCAGGAGGUGCGGGGCCGCAGCUGCACGGAGCUGGACACCCCCGAGUACAGGCGGGUCAGGCGGUCUCAGGAUUCGGUUUCCAUGGCCAAGUACCACGAGGACUUUGAGCGCGCCCGCGGUCGAGGUUGCACGCCGGGCCUGGAUGAACCCGGCAUGGAGCGCUACCAGCGAGCCAAUCACAUGAUGACAGACCCGGGUCCCAACCAGGUGAUGGACACGGACAGACGACCCGGCGGCAUCAUCGUAGACCUGAAGGUAUGGAGAACAGAUCCAGGCUCCAUUUUUGACUUUGACCCCCUGGAGGAUGACGUCCAGUCCAAGAGCCUCCGCAGGAUGUCUGAGCGGGCUGAGCGAAGGCUGAGCAGGCCUCAGUCACGGCAGUCUCACAGCUCGUUGACCUCUGACCUCUGGGAACGCAGCAGCUGCGACACACAGGCCCCGGUUCUUCCCGGAGCGUACCACCAGGGCGUGCACAUGCAGCCGCAACCUCAGUAUCACGGCUACAUGCAUCAAACCAGCAUGUCGUCGGUCCGUUCCGUCACCUCGCCACCACACUCAUCCACCAUGCGGGUUUACCGGGCGCUGUACGACUACGCGGCGCAGGACCACGACGAGGUCUCCUUCAGGGACGGUGACGUCAUCGUCAACGCUCAGCCCAUCGACGAGGGUUGGAUGUACGGAACCGUGCAGCGCACCGGAAAGUCCGGAAUGUUGCCUGCCAACUACGUGGAAUGUUGCAACUAGACUCUUAUCUAUCAGAGGGAUACGUGUGUGUUUGGAUGCGUGUAUAUGUAUGUGAGCGUAUGUUUGUUUCCCCACUCUUCAUUAACAUCACUUGAUCACACAACAUAUUUUGGAAAGACUGACUUUGUAUUUUCUAUGAUAGAUUUCACAAAUGCAAUGAAAUUGUGAGUUUUGUGAAUUGUUUCAUAGCAGUCGACUGUUUUCUUUGGUUUUGGAUCAUUUGAAUUUAUUACCACGUACUCUUUGAGCUUCGAUUCAACUGUAAUCGCAUGUUAUUUCACUUUAUAACUUACCACCUACUGUAUAUUUUGCUGUGCCUCAUAUCACACGCAUACACAUGGUAUUACGUGAGAGAAAUAAAACCAUUUGUCAGCACAAA